AUGUCUUCAUUGCCCGCAGCAAACAACGUGAAUCAAGACGAGCAAGAAAUUGAAAUUAUUCAACAUCAUCCCAUUCAUCAUCAUGAAUCAUCGGAACAUCCUUUGAACCAGGAAGAAGAGGAUGAUGAAUCUCAUCGUUCUUAUGGCAACUCGGGAGUGAUGAUGGGAAAUAGAUUGAAUAACCGAUCUUCGGAAUUUGAAAAGAAACCCUUGUUGAUGAAUUCUGAUUCUUCCCAACCUUCGGAUCAGACUAUAACAUCACCUUUGGCUGGGAUCGGGAACAAGGUUACACAAUUGUCUGUAGAUUCUCAAAAUUUCUUUGAUAAAUUGGAAGAUAAGAGAGUGAGCAUGUCUCCACUCGAUUCGCUCUAUGAUUCAAAAUUUGGAUUUAUUGUUUUGAAAGGUGCAAAAUAUUGCAUGAGAAUAUUUGGACUUUUCAUGGUGAUGGUUGCUGUGGUUCUCUUAUCUUUAAAUUUUUAUUUUUACUUUGCAGUGACAUUGCCCAUGAUGAACACACAAAUGUGGACCUACACAUUUCAUUUACUCCUUGGAUUGUAUAUAGCACUUUCAAUUUCAUUUAACUAUGUUCAAUGCGUUCGAGUGAGUCCAGGUGUGACUCCAAAAGAAUGGGUUGAUUCUCUCGAUAAUGUGGAGACCUUUAGAAAUGAUACAAAAUCUGUGCCAGGAAAAAAUUGGAGCAAGUGGUGUGGACGGUGUCAACAACCAAAACCCAUUCGAGCUCAUCAUUGCCACAUUUGUGAUGUUUGUGUGUUGAGAAUGGAUCAUCAUUGUCCAUGGUUAAAUAAUUGUGUUGGACUUCAAAAUCACAAAUACUUUGUUGGAUUUAUUGGAUUUUUAGCUCUUGCUGCAUUGUACAAUUUUGUCAUGAUUUCACUUGGAGUGUUUGGUUUCUAUACACCAGAUCCCAUCCUGUAUGCAACAUGGAGUGGAUGGCUGACAUUUGUGAUGGUUCUCUCAGGUUCUCUUGGACUCACCAUGACUACUUUCACAGGAUGGCACGUGUAUCUUGUGUUGACCAAUCAAACCACGAUUGAAUUCCAAUUUAACAAAAUGAAGGCCGUGAGAAGUAAGUCUGGAGGUUCUGACAAUCCAUACAAUAUUGGAAUGAAGAGUAACAUACAGCAAGUGUAUGGUUUGGCCACUCCUGAAGAUUCUGUAUUGGGGUGGGCAAAAUUGUUAAUGUUGCCCAACCUUCAAAAGUCGCCUGUGGAUGGCAUCAAUUAUCCCACCAACCAGCCAAAAGGAGGCGAAAACGUGUAG